AUGUUGUCUAUCUUGAAAGAGUCAUUACUUAAGAAAAAGAAGAAGAAAUGUAGGUUUUUCUCGAAAAUAACCGAUCUGGAGGUAAUAUUAAUCAAAAUUCUGACUUGUCCUUGAUUUGGCAAACUCACCGUAUUCUAGCGUCUGAUAUUUUAUAGCCGUUAGCGUUUGCUGAUGAAAUUUAUGAUUAGGAAAAUAGAUUUGUUAUUUUAUUUCUUCAAGGGACCAUAAAAAUAUUCGAGUAAAUUCGUUUCCGGCGAUGGUCAGAAAAGUACAAAGCAACCUCAAUUAACGGUAAAAUUCGCACAAAGCUCACGUCAAAACAGCCAAUUUUUAAGAAGCAGCGGAAAGGUGCAGAAAGUCGUCUGGUUGAGGAAGGGAAAGGGGAUUCUCUCGUUUUUGACUCUUUCUUCCUCUGGCCUGUCCGAGUGCAAUGCACCCCGUCUUCUCGUUUUCUGUUUUUUAUCCUUAUUUGAUUCUCUUUUCCUUUACGAUAUUUUCUUUCGGAUCAUGAUCUCAUUAAUCUUCGUCGAUUUAUCACUCUAUUAUCAUCAGAGCGCACAAUGCGUUUUUGCCAAGAACACAUUGGAGGUUUGGCAUUCCGCAAUUUUUGAUAGAAAGUUCGAUUUUAAUAUUUUUUCGCCGAACUUGUGAAAAACAUGUUCUAAAUAACCGAGUAGUCGUUUUCGAGUCCAUUUCUCCCUUUUUCUUGUGUAAUUCUCUAUCGUUUCUAAUUAAGGAUACUUUCCAUGAAUUUUUAGGUCAUGAUUAGUAAGAGGACGAUUAGUGAAUUAAUUAUUCAGGGCUUAAAGUUUAGUUAACACAUGUCUUUAUUGUUUUUUCAAAGGCUAUAUUUUUUUGUGAUUGUCCUUUUCCUCUGACGAUGUUUCCGAGGGAUUGGAAGGAUUUCUAAGAUCCGAAAACGAAAAAAAGAUCUGCAAAGUUGAUAAGAGAAGGUUGAGGAAGUUUGAAAGGGUGAGACUUUUCUGUGCACCUCAUCUGUUACUGUUAUCAGUAGAGUUUAAAGUUUUUUGAGAGUUCGAUUCGAAUUUUGAGUUGUCAUUUAUUUUCUUUGAGUGAUCAGAGUCCUUAAGGUGGUCAAAUCAUUUUUAUAGUGGACUUUACACUGCAACGUUUAAUGGUACUUAUGUUUGUUUAGCAAAGAGCUUGUUUCAAAUACUAUUUGUCACUGUUUCAGUCUCAUAUUUGAUUUGGAACAUCUUCUUUUGAUCGUAUCAUUGUCUUGUAAGUAAAGGAAGUAGGUAUUCUGAUAAAUAAUUCAAGGGGUUUCCAUGUUUUCAUUUUUUUCUAGGAUGUUGUUAUCUUUAAAAAUACACUUUGCUUUUAGGCAUUAAAGACGAUUUUGAAACCAGUUAUUUCCUUUUUAUUUGUGGUGUAUUAACAUAACAUUCUACGAAUGAUGAUAGUAUUUUUCUAGGUGCGCAAUCUUCUUCCAUACACGCCAGGUUUUCGGUUCAUAAUCAAGUUCAGGACUCCUCUGUUGGUCCCUUGCCGGAAUCGCCGCCCAAAGAUUUUUCGGAUUGUGAAACUGCCCAAUCUCUAACCCCAAGCUUCAUAAAACAAUUCUGUCCUACUGUCGAAGAAGGAGAGGAAGAAGACACAACUAAGGUUAACGAGGCUUCUGGAGAUUUUCGUUUAAGUCAGGACGUCGAAGAGUUCCAAGAGGAAGAAAUCACCCAAGGACAGCCUUUGAAACAAGUUCACUCUCGACAGUUUUUGGAUCGCUUAGUUCCGUUUCGAUGGAUUUUCAGUGAAAAAGAAAAAGUGAGUGUGAGCUCUUCCCUUUUCGGAUCGGAUUCGUUUAUACUGAAUGCAAAAAAGUUUGUUUGCAUCGACGAAAGAAGGGUUUUGCGCAUUACAAGUUUUAUAAGUAGUGAGUCGUUUUUUACUCGCACUUUUAAUCGGGAUUUCAAAUAUUUUCGGAAAUAAUUGCUCUUUUUUACACAAUAAAUCUUGCGGCAUUAGACUUUUAUAAAAAAUAUUGUUUCAAUGGGAUUUCCUUUCAGACGAUGAGUGACAAAUCAGAGAAGGACAACUCUUCAGUCGAAAUGGCGGUCGAGGCUGAUCCGAAUAUGCCCGGAUCUCGGCCUGAUUCAGCAACAGAAAACCCUCCAGAAAAAACAGAAACGAAAAAAGGUGGGACCCCGUUACAAAAUUAAAAAUCUUUAUGUUUAGUCCCUAGCAUAUCUUCAAACGGGUCCUCCACUUCGUUAAGGACAAGCCUUAGUCAUCAAACUGCCACCCCCGUCACCUAUACACCAAAGAAAAACAACUCGAAGGCUAAUAUGACCAUCACCUCGGCAACUGCUGCCUCUCUCAAUCUGGCUACUCCGACAACGAUUGGAAGUGUUGGUGGGGCUGCUAUGUUACGACCAGUGAAGAAGAAAGUUGUGGAAUUGGAAUGUCCGGAAAUUAGAUGGCAUUACAAGAAACCGGGUGAAAGUAAAUGGACCCCGUUCAGAGGUUAUGACUCCAUGGUGCUAGAAGUGGCAUAUAGGGCUUCCAAAGGAAUCCCCUUGGACAAAAGGACAAUCGCCCUUGGAGAACAGCUCCCUCAGACAAAGAAUGUAAUUGUUUUGGACAACCUCUUUGAAUGGAAUUUAGAGGAAAAGACGGAUCAUGUAA